CCCCAGCGGGGGAGGCCGAGUUCGGGGGCGUGUCCGGGGCGGGGCCGUGCCCUGCCCCGCCCCGUCGCGGAGCAGUGGCCUGCGCAGGGAGGGCCCGGCCCCGGGAUGCCACACACAACUCAGCUGUACCAGCAUGUACCGGAGACACGCUGGCCCAUCGUGUAUUCGCCGCGCUACAACAUAACCUUCAUGGGCCUGGAGAAACUGCACCCCUUUGAUGCCGGAAAAUGGGGCAAGGUGAUCAGCUUUCUGAAAGAAGAGAAGCUGCUGUCAGAUGGCAUGCUGGUGGAAGCACGGGAGGCUUCAGAUGAGGACCUGCUGGUGGUGCACACAAGACGCUAUCUCAAUGAGCUAAAGUGGUCCUUUGCUGUUGCAACCAUCACAGAGAUCCCCCCGGUCAUCUUCCUCCCCAACUUCCUUGUGCAGAGGAAGGUGCUGAAGCCCCUUCGGACCCAGACAGGAGGAACCAUUAUGGCAGGAAAGCUGGCCAUGGAGAGAGGCUGGGCCAUUAAUGUGGGUGGAGGCUUCCACCACUGCUCCAGUGACCGGGGCGGGGGCUUCUGUGCCUACGCGGACAUCACACUGGCCAUCAAGUUUCUGUUUGAGCGAGUGGAGGGCAUCUCCAGAGCCACCAUCGUUGAUCUCGAUGCCCAUCAGGGCAAUGGGCACGAACGGGACUUCAUGGGUGACAAGCGCGUGUACAUCAUGGACGUCUACAACCGCCACAUCUACCCCGGGGACCGCUUUGCCAAGCAGGCCAUCAGGCGGAAGGUGGAGCUGGAGUGGGGCACAGAGGAUGACGAAUACCUGGACAAGGUGGAGAGGAACCUCCAGAAAGCCCUCCAGGAGCAUCUGCCAGAUGUGGUCGUGUACAACGCAGGCACCGACAUCCUUGAGGGCGACCGCCUUGGGGGGCUGUCCAUCAGCCCCCAGGGCGUCGUGAAGCGGGAUGAACUUGUGUUCCGGGUGGUCCGAGGCCGCCGGGUGCCCAUCCUCAUGGUGACCUCGGGCGGGUACCAGAAGCGCACAGCCCGCAUCAUUGCCGACUCCAUCCUUAAUUUGUACAGCCUGGGGCUCAUCGGGUCCGAGUCCCCCAGGGCCUGGGCACAGAACUCAGACACCCCCCUGCUGCCGCCUGAGGUGCCCUGACCGCACCCCCCUUCUGUCCUGCGCUGUUCCCUGCCUGCCUCGCCCUGCCCACCCUUCAGCAGCUUCUCCCUUUCUAACCGCGGGGAGGUGGGGGCAGCCCCUCCGCCCUCCCCAGUGAGUGUCAGAGUGGCUCCAGGCCCCUCUGUGGGUGGGGGCAGAAGGCAGGGCCCAGAGGACAUCACAUGGGGCCCCUGAAGAAGCAGACAGCUUCCUGAGGAGGGAGAACACUGGCAGGUGAGGCCUUGGGGGCACGAGGCAUGUGACUUGUUCCACCCUUUCACACUCACCUCGGGCAGGGCAUGGGGGGCCAUGGGCGCCCGUGACUGUGUGGGUGGUCCUGAAAGCUGGGUGCUGCAUGGAGGCCUCUGGAGGGGGGCUCUGGAGGUAGCAGGCAGGAGCCCUGGUCCUGGGUGUCCUGGAUGUAAGGGGAGGCGGGGAAGGGGGCACGAGUGGGGUGUUCCCCUUUAAUAAAGCAAGGGCUGCACCUGCUUUCCCAGGGCUCCUCAGUGCUGAUAAGGAGAGGGGAGGCCUGAGGAGCUCCAGAUCCAUGAUUUAGUCAUGGUCCUGCCUGUCAGGGGUGGGCCUCAGCCCUGGAGGCUUGAGGGGGCUGCCGGCCCUCAUGGGGAGGGGAUAGAGGACGGUGAGGCCCAGAAGAGGACACUGGAGAUGGGGACAGGUGGCCAAGCUGGGUCCUGCAGGACCUGAGGCCCCAAGUGAGGAUGGAGGUGCUGACGGCCAGGCUGGAGUUCUGGGAAGGAGGGCAGACGUCUCCAUCCUGGCCCGUAGGUGGUACGUAGGACCCUGGGUGGGGCUAUAGCCUCCACUGGCCUCACCCAGAGUGUACAGACCCUGACUGUGCUUGGAGUCCAGGGUCCCAAGUGGGCCCUGACUUCUGGUCUUUGAAAAGCCCUAGCUCCUGACCUUGUUCUCAGCUCUAAUCUGAAGGGGACACCCAGGGCCUCCCAGAAACCUGGGUGGGGGGAGCGUCUACCCUUCAUGACCUGACUGUAUUCUUAGACAGUGAUCGUAGGUGGGGUGGAUGCGGGGAGAAAAAGUGGGCCAGCGGAGGCACUCCUUUCCCUGACCAACCCCACCCGGGGGCCUCCUGUUCGUUACCAUCUGGGAGUGCUCCUACCUUUCCCCACUGUCUCCCUCUCACUCCCUUGGUGUUCCCUCUGCUGGGGGACAGGAGGAAGGGUUUCAGGAUCAUGAACUGUCAAAAAGGCUGACCUGGACUAGGCCUCGAGGCACUAACCAUGCACUUGGACCCCCUCACCCGUGCCCCUGCCCUUGCCGUUGGUUUCUCUGCGUCUGUCUCAAGGUACCUAACACCUCCUCAUCUCCACCUGUGGCCUGCGACAUCUGGGGGCAGGCAGUGGGCCCUCUUCAUCACCGUUGAGCUUGUUUGUAGGGACCAUAAAAACUCUUCCUGACAGACUU